AUUGAUUCAAGGUUCAAUGCUGUUUUCUUUUCUGUAUAACCAUCUCUAAAUUACCUGAUAACGUCGAAAUUAUUUAACAGGAAAGUUUGUUACUUGAUUUACUUGUAAAUUGGUUUACACUAAGUAAGUAAACAUUUCGUAAUCAAUACUUAUAUUUAAAAGCUAUAUUAUAAAUACUUGGCCAAUGGCUAGAUGCUGAAAUCUGUCUGGAUUCAAAUAGUUAUCUACAUUUCAAUUGAUUUGAAAUCUUAAUUUAAGCAUUUACAGAUAGGCACACUUUAUUUAAUGAUUAGAUAUCUUUACCUGACUGACUAGAGUUGGUAGAUGUAAAAGGAGUACCUCUGCCGUUACUGCAUCUUUAUCAUGUUACUAACACAAACAGACUUGGUAUUAAGUAUUACAUUAAAGUCUUCGUGGAUAUGGCAACACAAUAGGGGAUCGGCCGAAAAAAUAUGUUUAGUCCGUCGGACGGAUUCCUGAAAAAUAUUGGAACCAUAUUUUAUUCUAUCUCGUAAACACCUUAAAAUAGAAUACAGUGAAAUAAAAUCUCGUUUGACUUCAUUUACCAGUACGGUUUUAAUAGCCUCCAUUACCAUACAUUUCACCAUCUGAAGUACUUUUAAUCUACCUAAUUUCUUAAUGAUGUAGUAAAAUGAAAGAUAUCAUCAAAGUUUUUGGGAAACCUGUCUGACGGAAUACUUACAUUUUUUUUUGUCAAAUACCCUAUCUCCAAUACUUGUCAUGCCGUGGAUAAUUGUCAUACCUUCUUUCAAGAAAGGUAAGUAGGUAUAAAAUGAUAAUUCUUAAACCUUCCAGAGAAACCUGAAAAGCCACCAGAUUUGCAACAGCAAGCUGAGAAACUUAUGUCAGACGCGGCGAGUGUCAUGACAGAUGAAAUGAAAAAAUUCUCUAAUGUUGCUAAACAAUUCGCUGAAAAUCAAAAGUCUAACCUAGACACAGCGUCUCACAAGAUUCAGGAAGAGGUUCCUAAAAUAGGGCACGCUGUUAUGAAGGGUGUCGAAGCGUUUUUAGAUGCCUUAAAAGCGAAAAUCGUCGACGGGUCAAAAGAACUCGAAGAAAAAGCAAGAAGUCUAUUCAGAGGCGCAGAGGAUGAGAAUGAUAUAUCUCUAGAGAAGUUCAAAGAAGUAAUCGAGAAGUUCGCAGUAGAACAGAAGAGAAACUUCGAAGAAGUAGCUCAGCAGUUGGAGAAGGAGGGACCGACUGUUGUGAAAGCGGUUAUAGCUGGGGUCAGUGCCUUCAAAGAUGUUAUGAAAGGGAAAUAGAUUGAAAUACAUUGAAUUCUUUGAGUA